CUUAGUUUGUGUCUUAGCGGUCUGACCUAGUCCUUUCAAUGGUGUUCGAGUUCUCCAUCACCUAUACAGGUACCCUGUUUCAUGAUCCUAUCCCUGCUAAUGCCCAUAGGCAUGCCACUUCUUAUGCUCGUCGCCCCAUUAUUCCUACCUAUCAGAUUCCUCAUGCUGGUCUAGUUGAUUAUGGUAUUGACUUUUCUCACCUUAUUCGUAACCUGGGAUGGGAGUUUCUUACUGAUCAAACCCUGGAACAUAUCUGUCCUGAGGCAGUUCGCCUCUUUUAUUCCAACUUUAGGUCGUUUGGUCUAGAAACUCGCACGUUUACCACCCUGGUCUAUGGUAAUCUUGUCACCAUUCCUCUUGCUGAUCUUAGUCGUCUACUUGAUAUUCCCCAGGUUGGUGAAGUUUUAGCCCAUGAGUCCGAGCUAGUUCUGUUCAACUUUGACAUUGAGCAAGAGUUUGUGCAACUAACUGGUCAUGCUCCAGAUGCUUUGCUCACCCUUCCCACCACAUUUCUGUUACCGGGUAUCCGAACUUUUCACUUCUUUCUCACUCAUCGCUUCCUUCCUAGAACCGUGCUUUUAGAUAGAGUCACCCCUCUAUAUCUUUGGGUUAUUCAGCAUGCUGUGAACAAUGUCCCUCUGGAUUUCUCCCACCUGCUGUUUGGACAUCUCUAUAUGUUCCAGUAUUUCCAAUACCACGGUCAUCUUCCUUUCGGCCCUCUCAUCACUCGACUCAUCACUCGUCUUGAAAUUUCCCUUGAUCCUUUCCGCUCCACUACUCCUACUAUCUACAUUAUUGCUGAUGAUGUCCUGGACGAGAUUGCCAUUGCCGUUGAGGGGGAGGAACCCUCAGACCCUUCAGACUCUUCAGACGAUGUUCCAGAGGAAGAACCUCAUCCAGAUAUAGAAGUGCAUUGGAUCAGCAGCAGCAGUGACAGCAGCAGCAGCAGUGAUAGUGAUGAGGAGGACGCUGAUCCUGGAUCCCCUCCAUUAAGUGAUGUGCUUGCUGAUCUUCGAGAUGCUUAUGAAUCUGACUAGAACUUCUUUCGAUUGAUAACAGUUGAUGCUUUGGUUUGAUGCUUUGGUUUGCUGGACGUGUCUUUUUCCCAGCUGAAUAUUUGCUACUCUCUGGAUUUACUCUCUCUUAUGAGUUGAAUAUUUGCUUGCUGGGAGGUGUGGUGGAAUUUUUCUUGUUCUAUGUGUUAUUUACUCUUGUGUGUGGGAGACAGUAUCUGUUUUGCAGGAAUCAAGCGGACAAUUGGCA